AUGUCCAACCAGGAUUUGAAGGACGCAAUUCUCCGGCUCACCGAACUGGUAGCAAGUCAGCAACAACAGAUAUCAUUGCUCAACCGGGCCGGUCAAGUCAACCAACCGGGUAGCGAGAGGAUCAUCGAAACGCUGGCCACGGGAAUUGAAGAUUUCUAUUACGAUCCUGACGGUGGAGUAUUUUUCGACGCUUGGUAUGCCCGUUACGAAGACGUUUUCAAGGUCGACGGCAAGAAUCUGGACGAUCCGGCGAAGGUGAGGCUACUCUUGAGGAAGAUUGGCACCAAGUUCCAUGAGCGGUACGUCAACAGUAUCCUGCCCAAGCAUCCUCGCGAUUUUGGCCUGGACGAAACGGUGAACAAACUCAAGAAACUCUACGGCCGACAGACCUCGCUCUUCAACGAUAGAUACCGCUGUCUCCAGUACAUCAAGAACGAUGCCGACGAUUUUUCAAGUUACGCUGCCUCCGUGAACAAGCACUGCGAAGCGUUCCAGCUGUCCAAGCUUUCGGAUGACCAGUUCAAGGCUCUUCGUUUUGUCUGCGGCCUACAGUCUUCACGGGAUGCAGACAUUCGGACACGCUUGAUCAGCAAGCUUGAAGCUGAAGAAACUGCUCCUCCGGCGGAAGGUACGAAGCUGACACUUGAAAACCUUGUUGAGGAGUGCCAUCGGUUCAACAAUUUGAAACAGGACACGAAAAUGAUCGAGAAACCCGUUCUGGAGAAAUCCAUUGUCAACGCCGUUUCAUCGAAGCUUGCGAAAAAGAAGAAACCAAAAUCUCCAUGCUGGCUAUGCGGUGACCUACACUUCGUGAAAGAAUGCUCCUAUCAAGACCAUUUUUGUGGCAAGUGUAAGCGGAAGGGGCAUAAAGAGGGAUACUGUUCUACGGCGGAAACGAAAUCCAGACCUGGAAGAAAAUUCGAUAAAUCGAAGACGAAAGAGUAUGUGAAGUCUAAAGGAAUUUCGGUGAAGCGUAUCGACCUCCAAGGAAAGAGGAAAUUCGUCACUCUUGGAAUCAACGGAAAUCAGGCGACGCUUCAACUGGAUUGUGCAUCGGAUAUCACGAUUAUCGCUACACCGACCUGGGAAGCAAUCGGGAAACCAGCUAUCGAAGCCUCGGAGAUCGCAGCUAUCAGCGCUUCCGGUGACAGAAUCAACAUCGUUGGCGAAUUCAAGGCCCAGCUUACCAUCAAGAAUUCAACAAACGAAGGUAUUGUCUACGUGUCAUCAAACCCAGAUUUGAAUGUCCUUGGAAUAGACACAAUCGAACUGUUCGAUCUGUGGGCUGUACCCUUCAAUUCGCUGGUGAACGCUGUCCAUCAAAAGCCGCAAGACACCGUUGAGAAACUCCGUUUGAAGUUCCCCGAAGUGUUCCAGAGCUCACUUGGUAAGUGCACAAAAGCAAAAGUGAAACUAUACCUGAAACCCGAUGCCCGUCCAGUGUACUGUCCAAAACGACCAGUCGCAUAUGCAGCACUUCCAAAGGUUGAUGCCGAACUCCAACGCCUUCAAGACAAGGGAAUAAUCUCUCCAGUGAAGUUUUCCGACUGGGCCACACCGAUAGUCGUGGUCCGGAAAUCUGACAACGUGUCCGUUCGAAUUUGUGGCGAUUACUCUACCGGACUGAACAAUGCGCUAGAAUCAGAUGGACACCCACUUCCGCACCCAGACGAUAUUUUCGCUGAUCUUGCAGGCUGCCGAUAUUUUUCCCAACUCGAUCUUUCGGAUGCGUACCUGCAAGUCGAGGUUGAGGAGGAAUCGCAAAAGUACCUGACCAUCAACACUCAUCGAGGACUGUUCAAAUACAACCGCUUGCCACCUGGAAUCAAGUCCGCCCCCGGUGCAUUUCAACGAAUCAUCGAUAGCAUGGUCGCCGGCAUUCCAGGAGUUAAACCGUAUCUGGAUGACAUCAUGAUUGCCGGUAGGACUAAGGAGGAACACGAUCAACGUCUCAAUGAAGUUCUGGAAAGGAUCAAGGCAUACGGAUUUCAUUUGAGGAUGGAUAAAUGUCGCUUUGGUCUCUCACAAAUCAAGUUCCUAGGACACAUCAUCGAUCAAGACGGCUUACGACCAGAUCCAGCGAAGACAAGUGCUAUUUCGCAGAUGCCAGCUCCCAAGAACGUGUCGCAGCUUCGAUCAUACCUUGGAGCCAUCAAUUAUUAUGGACGUUUCGUCAAGCAAAUGAAGGAUCUACGAGCACCCAUGGACUACUUGCUGGGGAAGAACUGCCACCUGAAGAUAUACAACCUGAAGAAAUGCUACCUCCGUUAA